UUCUGAAAAGUUUGCAUCACAUUUAAUGUGUACUCAUGAACUUGUUGGCAAACUAUGGAAGCAACAACUACACACACACAUAUCUCUUUCGUCUGAACAACUCCACUAACAAAAUAGAGUAACGAUCAAUUAUAACGGUAUAUUUUUGUUUGUCACAUAUUUUUGGUUCAGCGAAGUGAAAUAGAAAAUUGCUUAUUCAUUUCAUUGUGGUUUUCAAUCGGAGAACAUUUAAAAGUGAGUUUGUGAAUUAAAUAAAAAUAAAAGAAAUACAUUCUUCAAACAAAAUAAAAAACAGUGAAAAGCUUAAAACGGAGUAUUUGCUUUCCGAAAAACUAAAAGAGAUUAAUCUUCUUCAAGAUCUAAAAGAAACGGUGAUUGAUCAAAGAGAAACACUAGCUCAUACUAAAGGUAAGUUGGUCCACUCAAAUUUGACAACAAAAAUUACAACAAUGCCUAUGGCAUUUAUGUUCAAAAAAAUUCUAGAAAAAAAUAAAAAUUUUUACCAAAUGCGGUCGAUUUGUCAUGAACUUGAGAACUCCAAUGAAUUUCAAAAUAUUAUUCAGGGACCACUGUGGCAAAAAAAGGUUAGCCGGUAUCCCGGUAAACUAUUAAUUCCUUAUAACUUUUACUCCGACGAUAUCGAGAUUAAUAACCCAUUAGGUUCCCACGCCACUACCCAUUCAAUCUGCAAUUUAUACUUUUCUUUUCCUACACUGCCUAACGCCACAAAAUUGAACAAUAUUUUUUUCCUAGGAAGCAUUAAAAACAAAGACAUACAAAAAUUCGGGAAUAAAAAGUGUCUUGCAUCAGUAGUUGAACAAAUGGCAUUUUUAGAAACCGAAGGUUUGGAUAUAGAGAUGUCAGACGGUGCUACAUUUCAUGUUUAUUUUAUACCUCUUUUAAUUCUGGGCGACAAUUUGGGUUUGAAUAGUAUUCUUGGGUUCAUAAAAAAUUUCAACGGAAAGUUUUGCCGUUUUUGUGAGAUUGAUUAUCAAUCUAGUCAGAAAUCAUGUUCGGCCAAUCCGGAGCUCAGGCGGGACUACGGUAAAUAUAACAGCGCAUUAGAAAUUACUGAUUCAAAGAAAACCGGAAUCAUUGAAAAAUGUGAAUUCAACAAAAUUCCAAGCUUUCAUGUAAUUGACAAUAUAAGCGUAGACGCAAUGCAUGAUGUCUUGGAGGGCGUAUGCCACUAUGACAUGACAAAUGUCAUAUUGUAUUUGGUUACAACCAAAAAAUACUUUUCACUUGAAGAAUUAAAUAAACGUAAACGAUGCUUUGAGUAUGGAGAGCUUGAAAUUGGUAAUUUUUCACCACAUAUUACUAAGCUACAUUUGGAAAAAAAGCAUUUAAAAAUGUCUGCUCGUGAAAUGCUAACUUUUGUUAUAUAUUUUCCCAUUAUGGUAGGCGAUUUCGUGCCACGUGACGAUGAAGUUUGGCAGCUCGUACUAACAUUAAUUGAAAUAGUAGAUACUAUAUUGUCUUUUCGGGUGGACGCCUUCAUGAUAAAUUCUUUGGAAAGUAAUAUAAAAAGACAUAAUAAAAU